AUGGAUCAUUCAAACUACUUUGAUCGACUUGCAGCAGGAUCAUCAAAUCAAUCUCACAAUGUCUAUCACCUUAAUAAAACAGAUUAUAAUUCAAGUCAAUCAUUAGAUUCUAAUUCGAAAUCAUCUUACGCAGAAUCUCAAUUUAAAUCAAACUCAUUGAAUCAGCCUUCAGAACCUGAUAUCAAAGGAAACCCUUCGAUAGGGAGAUCUUCUUAUUCUACUGAGAACCAAGAUUGUGAUAUAAAAGAAGAUAGUCAUGAGGGGUUUAAAUCUAUGAUUUCAGAUUCAAAAAAAUUCAAACUAGAUUUAAGUUUUAACAGGAUAGAAAAUUUAAAUGAUCAACUUCAAUGUAAAAGUCCUAAAAGUUUAAAUUCAAAUCAAAAACAACAUCAAGAUCAAGACUUAUUACCAACAUUACCGGUUUCACCUUUACCUUUACUUUCAAUUAAGAAUGAUAAACCAAUCAAUUCAAAAGAAUUAAAGAAAAUUUAUUCUAAUUGGGAAUUUCCGAUCAGAACUGAUUCACCUAGAGGUUUAACUUGGGGACCAUUUAAAGAUGAAAGUAAAAUCAAGCCGGUAAGAACUAGAAGUCAACAUCAAACCAGUCGUAAGAUUUAUGUGAUUCUUAAACCAUUGAAUGAAAAUCGAAAUCAAACUCAAACUGGAGAAGAAGAAAUUGAAAAGGAAAUCAAACUCGAAAGUGAAGGAUCAGGUUCGAAUUUAAUUCAAAAAGAUCUUGUUGAAAUCAAUUCGACUGAAAAACCCAUCAAACCUGAAAUCAUAAUCACUUCAACACCUAAUCAUCAUCAUGAUCAUCAUCCAACAUUAAAAUCAAAAAAAUCAAAACGAACUUUCGAAAUCGAAACCGAACUUGAAAGUCAACUAGAAACCAAUCACAAACGAAUCAAACCAUUUCAUGAUGAAAAAAAAGAAGAAUUGAAUCAACAUUUAGGAUUUUGUUUACCUGAUUAUCUUUUGUUUCUUGAUCCUAUUCAAAUUAUUAAAACUAAUCAUCGGAUCAUUAAGGAUCAAGAAUUAAUGGAUAUCGAAAUUAAGGCUUGA